GUGAAGGUCUACACACCAGGGGCUUGCUCUUGCAACACCAAACCACAAGGCAAACUCUCAGAAGGCAGAGCUUCGCCAUGCCCAGCCCAGCACUUCUGUGUUUCCUGGUCUUCCUCGCCGGCGUGGGAGCCAGCCGACACCAGAGCACCCUAUUUGAGGACAACUGCACCCACUUCUCGACCAGCCUGCCCCACAUGCUCCGAGAGCUCCGAGCUGCCUUCGGCAAGGUGAAGACUUUCUUUCAAACGAAGGACCAGCUGAACAGCAUGUUGCUGACUAGAUCCUUGCUGGAGGACUUUAAGGGUUACCUGGGUUGCCAAGCCUUGUCGGAGAUGAUCCAGUUUUACUUGGAGGAGGUGAUGCCCCAGGCUGAGAACCACGACCCAGACAUCAAACAGCACGUGAAUUCCCUGGGAGAAAAGCUGAAGACCCUGAGGCUGAGGCUGCGGCGCUGUCAUCGAUUUCUGCCCUGUGAAAACAAGAGCAAGGUGGUGGAGCAGGUGAAGAGUACCUUUAAUAAGCUCCAAGAGAAAGGUGUCUACAAAGCCAUGGGUGAGUUUGACAUCUUCAUCAACUACAUAGAAGCUUACAUGACAUUGAAGAUGAAAAUCUGAAACAUGCUGGGGAACCGAACAUGCAGGACGGCAACUCUUCUGGACUCUAGGACAUAAAUUGGAGAUCUAUACAAUCCCAUUCAGAAAUGUGGGAGAGCCAAACAGCUCCUUGGAGAACCCUGUCAUACCUCUCUCUUAGAAUAUUUAUUACCUCUGAUACCUCAACCCAUUAGUAUUUAUUUACUGAGCUUCUCUGUGAACUAUUUAGAAAGAAGCCCAAUAUUAUAAUUUUUUUCAAUAUUUAUUUUUUCACCUGUGUGUAAGCUGUUUUCAUAGGGUGAUACCCUAUGAUAUUUGAGUAUUUUAAGAGAAAUUGUUAACUUAUAUAAGGAAAACAAUGUUUCUUGGGGAGUCUACUGAUGUUUCCAUUCCAAGCCUGACCAUACUUCAUAGCUGUUGAGCUAUUUUUCCUGACCUCCCUAUAAUUUCUCCGGGCCUGGGGCUCCUAGAGUGUUGUAAUGACUCUUACCUUCUUAGGAGGAGAAACUAGGGAGCCCCUUUGAUAAUUAAUAUUCCAGUGGCUCAGAGGGACUCCCUUGACCUCUUUCCUCAACCACUUCAUUCUUGAAUGCUGUGUCCUUCCUUGUUAUUUAUAACAACCUAAAGUUGGUUCUAAUAGAACUCAGUUUUAACUAGAAGCAAUUCAAUUCCUCUGGGAAUGUUACAUUGUUUGUCUGUCUUCAUAGCAGAUUUUAAUUUUUAAUAA